GAACGGUGAGAUAAGGGGAAGCCUCCGAUUGCGUCCGAAUCCAAGGCUUUUUUCCCCACGUCCCGCAACUGGCGCCACGUUCGCCCCAAGUACAAAAUCCCCUCUCCUUCUCUCUUCCUUUCUCCUUCUUCCAAAAGCCCUAGACCUCUCCCAAGCGUGGGAGAUCAGAGGGGCUACUUUGAUUUAUUCUGGCCUUGUCUUGGAUCGCUUGAAGCGAUGGAGAUGCCGCAGGACGAUUUGGAUCGGCUUGUCUUUUUCGAGCAUGCUCGCAAUUCCGCCGAGGCCGCCUACGCCAAAAACCCCCUCGAUGCCGACAAUCUAACACGGUGGGGAGGCGCGCUUCUCGAGCUAUCACAAUUUCAAACUGGAGAUGACUGUAUAAAAAUGGUAAAAGAUGGUGUAUCGAGACUGGAGGAAGCCUUGGAGGUUAAUCCAAGAAAGCAUGAGACACUCUGGUGCUUAGGAAAUGCCCACACUUCUCAUGCAUUCUACACUCCUGAUCACGAGCAAGCAAAGGUUUAUUUUGAAAAGGCGAAGAAAUGUUUCGAGCAGGCAGUGGAGGAGGAUCCUGAAAAUGAGCUAUAUCUCAAGUCUUUGGAUUUAUCUGCAAAGGCACCUGAGCUGCAUUUAGAGAUUCAAAGGCAGUUAGCUAGUCAACAGACAUCUGCAGGAGUGUCCUCUACAGGAGCAUCCUCUACUUCAAAUGCGAAGGUGGCCAAGAAAAAGAAAAGCAGUGACCUCAAGUAUGACAUACUUGGGUGGGUUAUCCUGGCAGUUGGCAUUGUAGCCUGGGUAGGGAUGGCCAAAUCCCAUACCCCUCCCUCUUCCUCCUAGGUGAAAGGCCAUUUCUUUAUAGUUCACUCCUCCAAUGGAAGCUUACAGCUUUUUAAUGCUUGGACUUUGAGGUUCCUAUGUCCAAGAAAAUGGCAAGUUGUCAAGGCGGAGAAAUAGCCUAUACUUAUUGCUGCUUAAAUCACGUUGUGACAGUUCUAUUCUUUCUUGAGCCAGUCAUCAUAUACCUUGUUAUGCAUGUUUUAAAAAUUCCAAAUGUCCUUUAAUUUUGUUUUGACGCAAAGCAGCCUUUGUCACCUUUGGCAAGUUUAACAAGGUUGUUUUAUUUGCAAUAAUGAUCUUUGCUUUUUCUAUUUAGCU